GUGGCUGUCAACACGGUGUGUAAACACCUACACGGAACAGAGCUGCAGAGAGAGCGCCGAGCUCAUUCCCUUCACUGAACCCAUACAUGUGAAUGGGACGGCGUGUAUGGUCGUCCGGCCGCUGACCGUGAGUCCCAGCAGGAAAGCGUCGAGGGGGAAGAGCCGCUCUCCGCCUCUUGUUUCAUUGUGAGCAGCAGCUAAUCGGCGCCCGUCGACAACCAUGGCAGCGGCGACCGUCGUGGAGGCUGAUCCGGCACCGAGCGAAGGAGGCGCCGCUUUCUCCGGCGUCCAGAACCGGGGCUGGGACGAGUCUCAGCUCCGACAGUACUCGUUCCCCACCAAGCCCAUUCCCCGGCUGUCUCACACGGACCCCCGGGCAGAGAUGCUAAUAAACAACGAGGAGCCGGUGGUUUUAACAGACACAAACCUUGUAUAUCCAGCUCUUAAAUGGGACAUUGCGUACCUCCAGGAGAACAUUGGAAAUGGAGACUUCUCUGUUUACAUUGCAGAAAAGCACAAAUUCCUCUACUACGACGAGAAGAAAAUGUCUAACUUUGAGAACUUUGUCCCCAAGUCUCAACGAAUGGAAAUGAAAUUUUCCGAGUUUGUGGAUAAAAUGCACGAAACGGAGGAAAUGGGAGGAGAAGAGAGAGUAUACCUACAGCAGACCCUGAAUGACACAGUAGGAAAGAAGAUAGUUGUUGACUUUCUUGGUUUCAACUGGAACUGGAUCAACAAGCAGCAAGCCAAGAGAAACUGGGGACAGCUGACAUCCAACCUGCUGCUCAUAGGCAUGGAGGGCAACGUGACACCGGCACAUUACGACGAGCAGCAGAACUUCUUUGCACAGAUCAAAGGCCACAAGAGAUGCAUCCUCUUCCCUCCAGACCAGUUUGAAUGUCUCUACCCGUAUCCUGUCCAUCACCCCUGUGACAGACAGAGCCAAGUUGAUUUUGAUCAUCCUGACUAUGAGAAGUUUCCCAAUUUUAAAAAUGUUGUUGGCUAUGAAGCUGUAGUGGGCCCCGGAGAUGUACUUUACAUCCCAAUGUACUGGUGGCAUCACAUUGAAUCACUGUUGAAUGGCGGAGUGACGAUCACUGUAAACUUCUGGUACAAAGGCGCCCCCACACCCAAGAGGAUAGAAUAUCCUCUGCGAGCUCAUCAGAAGGUGGCCAUCAUGAGAAAUAUCGAGAAGAUGCUGGGAGAAGCACUCGGAGAUCCACAAGAAGUCGGACCUUUACUGAAAACGAUGAUAAAGGGGCGAUAUGACCAGGAUCUCAGUUAGAGGCCUCACCAUUAAAACUGUUAACUAGACUGCUUCAGGAACUGUAUGCAUGUGAAAGUGACACUGCUGGUGAGUGUAACUCGCAAUCUGUCUUUGGAGCUACGUAACACUGCAUGGCAAUAAGCAGCCAUCUUGAAAAAAAAAAAAGUCUGCUUCAGUCUCCUCCGAGUGCCAUCGUCAUUGCAAAUACAACAAUUACGGAAGAAUCCUUCGACUAGCUCACGGGAAUUCAACCUACUUGAAGAAGUUUGUUCUUUCGGUCCUUGAAGACAAGGCCUAGUUUGGCAGAAGUCCACAUGUGUUGAUGUCAGUCAGUUAUUUCUCAACAGUCCAGUCCAGCUAACGAGUGUUAGCUCUAAUCGGGAAUUGUGUGAGAUUGGUACCUUUGGAGCAACCUCAAUAUUUUGACCACUAAUGGAUGGAUCAAAGGGUAUUACAUAUUUAUAUUUACAACACACGCACUAGUUAAAUAGAGGACUUUACAUAUGGAUUGACUCAGUUGUGGCUUGAUUAGUAACUUUGUCCUGACUCAUAUCCUUCAUCUGUAUCACAAAGACAGCUAUGCUACUGAGUGAUUUGGAAUUAUUUAUCGACAUUUUCUCCACUAGUGACGUGACUUUGGGCAGCGAUCAGCAAGAUUUUUGGUUUAGCGUAGACAGCGUAGACACAUUCAUUGAAACCACAGAAGUACAAUGAUUUAAAAACUGAUGAAACAUGAUUAAAAAUGUAUGGCUGUGAUAAAAAAAAAGGAUGCUCAUAUAUUCAGUUGAAGGAAUAUGUGACCUCUAUAAGCUAAGUUCUUUUAAGCAGAGUGAUUGCUUUUUUGUUUUAUAAAUGCUCUUGCUUGUUUGGUUUGUGUUUCAAGGAUUUUAUCGGAUGUGCUGUUCUGCAUACAAGAAACAGAUGAGGGAGUGCUGAAAAUACAUUACACGGUGUAAUUUUGGUAGUUCAUUUUAAGAAUCAAAAGAAAAUACAGGAGGCUGCUGUGUUGUGAAGAAAAUUCUCAGAGUAAUACAAUAAUAAUACAAUUGUGAAAACUGUGACAGUAAAAGUGGUUAAAUUGCAUAAAUGAUAGAUUUAUGUUAAAAUGUUAUCAGCUGACUGCACUAGGAAUGUAGCUUAGUACAGCCAUCGCAAUGCAAUAGACGGCACCAUCUAGUGGCCAGGUUUGCAAAUGCAUGAUGAGCUUGAUGUGUUUCCUGACCCGUGCACGAUGCUGCUACAAUAAUUCAGUAUGUCGUAGUGAAUGCAGCAGAUCUGAGAUGAAAUAGAGCUGCAGUGUGUACAAAAGUCCUGAUACCUGUAGAUCAACAAUCAUCUGGUAUCCAAUUCUUUUUACUUUCACACAGACACGUGUUAAAGCCCUCCAGCAACAUUGGCAGCAGAGACAUACAUGAAACAAAAGGGGGAUAAUUUAAUGUACUGUGCUGUAUGUGCCAAACAACACACGAACCAGUUAAUGUCUACCUUCAUAAUUAAACUGUUUUUGCUUGUGAAAUUAGAUGGAUCAGCAAAUAGGGGACUUUAAAAUACGAGUUUUUGAGAGUUUUGUUUUGUCUGAUUGAGGUUCAAGCCUUUAAUCUAUUAAUGUGCAUCUGUGUUUCAUACAAAUCGCACAAUGAUCAAAUAAUAAGUGCUCAUUCCUCAUCAAAAGAUAAUUUACCAGACAAAAGACUGAUGUUUCAUCUCUUCUACUGAUAGGUUAAUCGUUUACUUUACGUGCCUUGCCAUACGUUGGCAUUGGCAUUAAAUGUCGCAGGAGCUUGAUUUUUAAUUUUUCUAUUUUAUGGUAAAAACGUUUGUUUUCACUCUGGCAUUAAACAGCUUUAAAGGUGAGACUGACGGCCGUUGAUAGAGAUGUAGGCAUGUUUUUACUGACGGGUGCCUGUGUUUUUGUUUUGUUUUGUUUUGAACAUGUGGUUUUCUGUUUCUCUGAUUAAAGUUUGUUUGCAAAGUUCUAAA